UAAACCUCCUUCAUGCGUCAUUACAGGUUGGCGGGAAAUAUUCUGCUGGAGAAAGCUGUCGAUUCAAAACAAGCUUCAGUGAAGAAAGGAGGGUUACCAACAACAAGGAAAGCAAUCGUAAAUUCCGCUAGUUACAAGUAAUACAGGGUAGUAGAAUGAUAGGGCAGAAAACAAUACAUUCUUUUUUUUUGCCAAUUUCGAAGAAGAGAACUUCGGAAAAGGAGCAUGAAGACGGAGUGGAUGCCCAAGAGCACGUUGGACAGGUGAAGAAACUGAAACGAUUAAGCAAUGAGACGCCGGCAUUGCCUUCUUCAGUUGCCUUGAGCCCGGAACAACUGGAUCAGAUCUUAAAAAACAAGAAUGCUGCGCUUUUGAGACUGGCUAAUAAAGCACCAGAGGGAUUUGGGGAGAGUUGGCGAAAGAGUUUGGCCACUGAGUUUGGCAAGCCUUACUUUAAAAACUUGAUGUCCUUUGUUGAUGGAGAGAGGAAACAACACACUGUCUACCCACCACCUGAGCAUGUUUUCACUUGGACACAGAUGUGUGAAAUCCAAGAUGUAAAGGUUGUAGUUCUUGGCCAGGAUCCUUAUCAUGGUCCAAACCAAGCCCAUGGGUUAUGCUUCAGUGUGCAGCACCCUGUCCCACCUCCACCCAGCUUGGUAAACAUGUAUAAAGAAUUGGCAUCUGACAUAGAAGGCUUCAUGCACCCUGGACAUGGAGAUCUGACUGGAUGGGCUAAACAAGGUGUCUUGUUGCUCAAUGCUGUGCUGACUGUCCGAGCGCACCAACCCAACUCUCACAAAGACAAAGGCUGGGAAACCUUCACUGAUGCUGUAGUGCAUUGGCUCAGCACUAAUCUGGAGGGCCUUGUCUUCAUGCUGUGGGGGGCCUAUGCUCAGAAGAAGGGAGCAGCAAUUGAUAGGAAACGUCACCAUGUCCUCCACACUGUACACCCCUCUCCAUUGUCUGCUCAUCGGGGAUACUUUGGAAGCAAGCACUUUUCCAAAACCAAUGACAUCCUGAAGACUUCAGGGAAGGAGCCCAUAGACUGGAAGGCACUUUGAAGUGUUCCACACUACCUUACUUUCAGGGCAUGGGUUCCCAACUACAAUACACUUGGCUGAUCACUACUGACCACAAAUCAUAAGCUUAAUGUACAAUUGUUGUGAUAUAUCUGGGUAAAGUGAAUUUGUUUUCUGCAGUGGGCUAUACAUACAUGUCAUGUAGACACAUGAAAAUGUUCUUUCUUGUUGGCAGUUUGCACCCUUUAGAAUUGCUUUGGAUUGUAUCUACAUCCAACCUAAGUUCACCUGUAUUCCUAAGUUUUACUUGGUUGCUUUAUGAGAAACACAAUUUCAACAAAAAUGGCUACCUCAUCAACAAGCGCUGUUCAUAAGUAUGUCGUCAUCUCAGACAUUGCUGAAGCCUAACAUCUUGGAGUAGGAUAGGAAUUUUAAGCUAAUCAAAUCCCAUGCAUGUUUUAGCAGUCUGUCAAUCUAUGAUAGUGAAUGACAUUGCUCACAAACUUUGGUGAAUCCAUGCAAUGUCUGAGCCAGGGAAUGUGCCUGGUCUGUCAACAGCAGUUACAUGAUGUAGCUGUUCUGUAAAUGUUAAACUGUUCAGUAUUUCCUGUUGCGCUUCCUUUUAAAAUAAACUUUAUUUUAUACAAUUCA